CUUCAAUCGAUUUGAUCGACGACGUCUCACACUUGCUGGCGCGCACUCGUCAGCGAAAUUCCAGAUGGACGAGUACGACGACGAGAUUGCCGAGUCAUCAGUCGUAGAGUUGGAUUCGCCCGUCCAAGAGGUCGCCGACGAGAUCGACGACGAGAUCGAUAGCGAGGUGAUGGCGGGCUUAGACCAUAGAGCUCGCUCGACGACUCCUAUGCCUGUCAAGCCAUCGCAAGAUGAGCAAGAUGAUCGCACACAGUACAUGGACUAUCCUGACUCGUUACCGUACUCUGCCGAAACGAUGGAUGAGAUGGACAGACGUCUCGAAGAGAUUUGUAUGCGGAUCAUCGAAUCUGUCCAGGCUAGAGAUCUCGACGAGGGCCUUGUCGUCUGGAACCAUCGUCUCGAAUGCUGGAUCGGCCUCAAGUACCCAAUGAAGCGCUCCAUCCGCGCCAAACUCGCUGCUUUGUACUACGAACUUGCAGUCUUGCCGGGCUUAGAUCCUCGCUUGAUAGCUCUCGCCGCGAACCAGUGCUCAACACUCAUCGAAAACAAGAAGCGACUUGACAUCGACGAUAUUCAAUUACCAUGGCGUCCAUUGUAUGACAUUCUCCUGCGCGAGCUCUACCCCAAAAAGCGAAGAACAGGACUCACAACCGUCUCAAGCAAUCUCUUGACCCUGGCAGAGCAUUGUCAACGCUUCUUCCCGCCUCACGAAGGCCCUGCGAUGCUCGAGACUUUCCUCCCACGACUCAACGGCGAUCGUCUUGAGACCGUGCUUUCCACUCAAGCCUUCCUUGUCCACUUUUUGCCCCUCUCCCAUCCGUAUUGGCUUCCAAUGAUCUUCAAGCUAUGGGAGGGGUUCCAGAGCAACAUCUACGAAGAUCAAUAUCUUGAUCUCGUCGCCCGUCUCGGCGAAAAACAUCUCGAUCCUCGCCUUAGCAACCCUGCGCGCAUUGAUGAACUGCGCGAGAAAGCCAUCUCGAUAGGCGCCGCGUCUGCGGCCGGGAAUGUGCCAGAGAUUCCCGUCACGCCAUCAUCGCCCCGACCAAAGGGUAUAGGCGAAUGGCAAGGCAUCCGACGAGACGUCGGCAUCUUCAGCUUCGCCCAGUUCGACGAUCUCAUGAGCAGAUGCUUACGUGCUAUGAACGUUCCCGUUGGCGUCAGCAGAGCCGGACAAGUCCUCAGCCUAGGCGCUGCUGGCUCUUCUGUCGCCGACAAAGCAGUUUCGUCAACUAUGCUAUCGAUGAAAAAGCCGACCAAUCAUCUGCAAUCACUCGCAUCCAUCGUCGUCUACAGCAUCGCUGUCGACGUGCCUCCUGACUCUAUCGCAAGCUCACCCUUGUCCUCCCGUGCUACUUCAAGCGAUCAGGUUGCACUCGAUGGAGAAGCUAGCUACAUCAAGCGCCCACUCAAAGCGGGCAGCUAUGCUCUGGGCGCACUGCAGAAGCUCAUUGAGGCGCUAGAGACUUACUUCCACCCAAGCAACCAGGGCACUUGGACGGCCUCUCUUGCGAGUUUCCUCGAUCAGCUUUGUGCCGCGUUUAUAAAGAGAUGGAGCCAAGAGAACAAGGCUGACUGCAAGACCCCGGUAGCCUGGCGAUUGACGGAAGCAAUAAGAGACGAAUUCGUUAACAUCUUACGCACAGUCACCUUGCUCAUCAUCUUCACCCGCGAUAUGUUCGCUUUCGUUAGCGCUCAGAAUGCUGUCAAGCUGCUCGCCUACUUGCAGCCUGAUUUGAUCAUUCCCUCCAUUCUCGAGCGUGCAUACCCUGCUCUCGAACUUCUGCUGGAAUCGCAUCGCACGACGGCCAUGCUGGUCUCGCUCACUUGUAUCGCCGGCCCUCUGAUGAAUCGCACGAAGUAUCCUUCCGGUGCGCUACAUGUCAUGCCGCUGCUCGAUCUGUGUAUACCCGGCCUGGACGUCAACGAUCCCAGCAAGACAUUCACGACCUGCCAGUUCCUGCACAAUGUCUUCUCGAACAUUGUCAUCGAUGAUCUCACCCGAUACACUGACAAGGGCAUAGCGGAGCCUUUGCCAGCCUUUGACCCUUUGACGCUGCUGGUCGGCCACGACCCUGCGGAUCGACGUCAAUUGACAACUGCUGAACUGAACCGAGCCAUAGUCGAAUCGACCGCAGCCUUUCCUGAUUGGAUCACUAAAUUCAUGAAAGCGGCGCUUGGCCUCAUUGAUGGACUGCCCGAACCGGGAGGCAAAUCCGGCAAGACGGGCGGCAAGAUCGAGGAGAACAUGAUCAUGGGCAUAGCCAUGCUCUUUGACCCGUUCUGCUCUAAUCUCUCGGAUCCAAUGUUUGAUAUCGCCUUUGACCUCUUCUGGCGACAUGUUGCAAACUCGCCACGAGCCAAUUCCCUGCGUUCGAUAGUCGCAAUCACGCAGUCCUUCACUCGAGCGAACCCAGAAAAAGUGCUAGCCGUCAUCGUCCCUCAUUGCGUCCGUCAGAUCCGUCUUGAGAUAGAGUAUGGCGCGUCGUCAACCCGAAGCACCUCGAGCUCGAGCAUCAUAGACACUGACGUCGCCUUCAACUGGUAUGCAAGCUUGCUUGCCGCUGCGAUGCAUAUGGCCGGAUCCGCGCUGCUCGCAUAUGAGCAAGACCUAGUCGCGAUUGUACAGCACAUGGCAACAUCGUGCUUCACUGAACGUGGCUAUCACCUCGCAAGUCGGCUGCUCAGCGGUAUGCUAGCUACGCUGUGCGCAGGGUAUGCGCGGGACGCACGCAUGGUCAACAGUGACGAAUGGCGCUCAGCAGAAUUCGUUGCUCACUCGCAUCUACACUGGGGCAAGCUCUACAAAGUAGAAGAAGUCAGUGUAGAGUGGCACGUAGCAAGUCAAGCGGAGAUCGAUAUGUGCAUGCGCGUACUGAGUGCUGUCUACGAGCCCGCCUUGCAACGCCUCGAAGCUUUGACUACACUUCGUGAUCAAUCGACAAUCAGCCCCGUCUGGUCCAACGACUUCUGUCGAGCGUGCAGCAUCAUCAAGCAGGGCCUACUGGGCAUUGCGAACCUAGCACAAGUACCAGUGCCGCAAGGGACUACAUUUCUCGGCCUAUCCGUGCCAGACUUCGUGCAGCGCUCGCCUGAUAUUGAAGUCGGCCUGUGUUUAACCGAUCCCACGGAUGUGCGCCUGCAGCAUGUCAUGGCUCUACGCGAGCGCACCGGUCGGAUGCUGCACGAAGCAGCACGCCAUUUGCGCGACAACGGUGCGGAAGAUGCGAUCGAUAGCGUCAAGAUGAUCAUUUCUACGACGCGAGUACUUAUGCUCGAUCAUCCGUUUGACAAGUCAAGCUACGAGCCUUCGAAAGGCUACUACGAGUAUAUCAGAGGACUAUCGCGUGUCGUGCGGGGUCAGCGGCACUUUUCACGGCUGGCAUGGGUUCGACGCGCCGCAUUGUAUCGCAUUUCUCGGUUACGUAUCAGUUCCUUCUGCCGCAUUCGCUCUUCGCUGGACGAUACGCUGAUCAACGAUCUUUGCGAUCUUGCAACUAGCAAGUACACAACUGUCCGCAAGUCGGCGCAACGCGUGCUGGACAAUAUCAGCCUCUAUUACGAAGGUUCCCGCAGCUUGCUGAUACCCCGUGUUCUAGACAUGCUUUUGCCUGGUGGAGACGUUGACCAGAUGAAAGGUGCACUGUACAUACUUGGUAGCAAGAACUUCUCAGCUAUGGGUCUGCAAGACUGGCGAUACUUGCCUACAUACGUGCUUCGACUUCUGCAGUGCUCACAUCAAGAGAAGCCUUCGAUCCAGCAAGUGGUCUCAAUGGUGUUGGCCGAUUUUGUGACGCGGCUCAAUGUGCCCUCAACUCUGGCCCAAUCUCUGGACCAGAACGGAACUGAAGGCAAGGCUAGACAGCUUGCUGCGGCCUUGCAGCUCCCUCCUAGUGGUCUUGUCGAAGCGGUGCGGCAAAACAGCUUGCAGCGCACGACGCACAAAGACCGCGAGUACUCUGAGCUCCUGCCGCAAUUACUUCACAUAGCACAGUCCGAAAAAUCACAUUGGCGCUACUCACUGUUCGCAACACGCAUGAUCAAAGCUUUCAUCCGACGCGAUCUGCCGAUCAAUCCGGACAUUGCGACCUUUUUUGCACAACAGCUCGUCUCUGAAUUGCCGAAGAUGCGCGCCCAUGCUCUCACAGCGAUCACUAAAAUGCUAUACUUUGUCAAGUUACGUUCAUUGACAGGCGGCUCCGAUCGCAGACUGCUACUAUGGGAGUCAAGCAACCCACUGAAGCGUGUAGUGCAUCUUGACCAACAAAAGGACGUCGGCUUCACAGCCAACUUCGUAGACGACUUGACAAAGCCACUCGAUCGAUCGGCCAAGUCGAGCUCUCUGUUACUUGAUAAACGGUCCACAGGCUGGCUGGUCUGGGGCAGCGAGACAACAUUCUACGCCGUGCCUCACGAGACAGAACCUACCUUCAGAUACGAGUCCGCGUCUGCACCUUGUCUUGACGCCAUUAGAAGUGCAAUGUCGCAACAGGCCUGGUGGGACAGAUUCGCGAGUCAGUUAGCGCAGGAACUCUCUCGCGACUACAUUGCUGCAGACACAGUAGACUGCAUCAAGUCGAUCUUUCAAGUCUACUUGGAUGACUUCGUGCCGCUCAUCAAGCCCAAGAUACUCAGCUAUCUGUCUACGAGCGAUCGCCAUCAGCAGCGAGCAGCAGCAGAGCUCCUGUCUGGCAUCAUUCGAGGCAGCAAACACUGGCCGAUGACGCUGCAAGAUGCACUGUGGUCCUGGGUGACGCCUUUGCUACCAAUCAUCUUCGCUCGUAUCGCGCCCGACACGCAGACUAUGUGGGAGAUGUUCGUCGAAUACAUCCUCGAUGGUCGAGAUCCACGCCGCAAUUUGCCACUUGUGAGCUAUAUCACGAGUUUAGACAUUGACAAGGAAUCGUAUCAAGCCUUUGAUCAAGCCAAAGCACAAUUUCUUGUCGGCUCGACAAUGUCUACACUCUCUUGGCACUUCACACCCUGGUCGGCCAAAUAUUUGGACCAAUAUUGGGACAGCAUCGACUCAGAUUUCAACGAGCUGCGAAUGGCUGUCGCAGAGAACCUGAUGGAACUCAGCGAGCUGCGGCUACACCCGUCGUUUUUGACCAUCAAGGGACUGCUAGAUGCCUGCGAGGAGACAACAUCGAGUGCCAGGUUGUUGCUCGACGUCGACGAAGACUAUUCUGCUCGAAUCGAAACCGUCAAGCGCCAGCUUGCGUCUUACCAUGCUAUCCGUCAGCCCUCGGUUAGCGGAUCGCAGAUAUACGACCGUGCCUCCUCAACAAUACUCAACUGGAUCUAUACGGGCGCGAAUGGCUACCGUGUGACGAUGAUGUAUCCUUUUUUGACACUGCUGCCGGAGAUCUUCAGGAUGGAGGAGAUCCUCGACAAUGCGACUUUGCAAGAUCUAGCGAAGAACGUGCUAGCAACAUUGGCAGCACUGCCGUUUCCUUCUCACCUUGUCUAUCAGCUCAUGACAGACCUCUUGUCACUCAUGAGAAUCACGAGCAGCUGGCGCGUUCGCUUGAACAUCCUAUCGGUUAUGCAAGUGUUCUACUUUCAUAACAUUUUCUUGCUCGGCGAUGAUCAGAUCAACGAGCUGCUCGAUUAUCUGUGCGACCUCUUGCAGGAUGCCCAUAUUGAGGUCCGUGAGGCUGCAGCGGUCACAUUAUCAGGCGUCGUGCGCUGUUCGCAAAGAUCUGCCCUGCUCAGGCUAAAGGAACGCUUCACGCGGAUGGCGAUGGAGACAAAGAUUCCUCGUCGUCGCAAUAGCGAGGGCAAAGAGCAUACUGUGUAUGCGCAACGUUUGAUCACCGCGCAUGCUGGCGUGCUUGGUGCUGCAUCUCUCAUCGCUGCUUGGCCUUAUGAUAUACCCAAAUGGCUGCCGGAUCUGCUCGUCGGUGUCAUGUCGAAGCACAAUGCCUCACCUGUGCCCGUCAGUACGACUGUGAAGAAGUGUCUCGCAGAUUUCAAGAAGACGCAUCAAGAUAGCUGGCAAGAAGAUCAGAAGAAGUUCACGGAAGACCAGCUGAACGACCUCAACGACCUCCUGAUCGGCUCGUCAUACUACGCAUGAAGCAAGAAUUGCAAUCGUACAGUGUUGUGAUGAUGAUAGCAGAUUAGUAGAUGUAAGGAAUGAGCUUGUACGGCACACGCUUCUGGUAGUACUGCAAGCGCGACGCAAUGAGAA